AGCCGAGUCGGACAGAUAAUGAGCUAUAUGGAGGAUUGUUUCGCCAGUGCUCCGCAGGAGUUUCUUAUCUGCAUCACGGUUCACAAGGCGGUUCAAGUUGGCGUGACCUCCGGGGAGCUGUAUGUGAGGAUCAGUCUGGAUAAAAUGACCAAGAGUACGAAGUCGUUUCCUAAUACUGAGAAUCCAUUCUUUAACGAGUACUUUGUUUUCGAAUUCCAUUGCACCCUGACCGAACUUCUGCGUCUGACAAUCCUUUUUGAGCUGAAGAAGCACAUGACUUAUAAGAAAAAUGUGGUUGUGGGAGAACUGCUAGUGGAUCUGCACAGUGUGUGGAACCAGCCAAAUCAUGGUUACUUCAAGAAAUGGGGUCGUCUGGAAGCACCGAUUGGGGAAAACCAACCCUUGGAGGCUUCCGCUGAAUCUCAUGGCUACUUGCAACUCGAUUUGGCCAUCGUAUCUCAGCAUAGUAUGGUGACCACAGGUUUAAGAUCAGAGCAGGAUCCCCAAAAUAUGAACAAGUGGUCGGUGGAUCAGGAUUACGAUGACAUCGAGAGAAAUCUCCUUACCAACGUAAACACUUUUACCCAGAGCAACAUCCGCUACUUCAUCGCCUUCUAUCGAGGAUACUUCAUCAGGCAGGGCAAUUACAUGAUUCAAGUAUCGUUCGCCGGCUUCAAUGGCAAAACGCCGGUGGCCAAGAAUACUACGACGCCGGUGUGGAAUCACGAGAUCAACUUUGCCUGGAUGUUUCCCUCGGUGGCGCAGCGAUUCCUGAUCCUCAUUUUGGCCCACGAACAUCUGCAGUGGAAGUGCGUGGCUGAGUUUGAGUUGUCCCUCGAGGAGAUUGCUUUUAAAGGAACUCCAUCUCUUGGUCCCACCUACAUCCAUCUGUACGAUCCUGUAAAUCCAAUGACCUAUGUGGGUCGACUGCUGAUGGAACUUCGCUCGGAAACCAUAAAUGACGGUCAGCCCACCCACACAUUGUCCUCGAAGACAGUGCCUGGUUUGGAUGAGUCUCGUUUCUGGCACGAUGAUGUUUACCUGGUUGAGUUUCUUCCACUGAUGGGUCACCACAUCCUGACCACCUCGACCACAUACAAGAUCUCAGCGAGAUUAGCUGAGCACAGUUCAAAUAGUUUGGAGGGAAUGCUAAAGACUCCUUCGGGUCGGUUUCGAUCUGCAGUUCAAUCGAAGAGUUUUCGUCGGGAGGAACCAUAUAGAUCCUGUAUGUUUAGAAUUCGUUUGCCCGAUAAUCGUGCCAAGUACGAAAGUGAUUUCUUUAUGAUGGAUAUAGCCAACUAUAUGCGCUCCGAACUCGACAUCUUCAAAAUAUUCCAGCUGAAACAUCCCUUUCAGGACGAUGAGCAGGCCAAGUGCUUGAAAACCAUUGUGGGUAACAUGUUGAGCAGGAUAAAAGAGGGUUUAGAAGCCCACCGUUUCGAUCACAAGGUGCAACCACAACUCACCACUUGGGAUAUAAGCAGGCAGCUGUAUCUCCUCGAUUAUUUCGCCAAGUUGCCCCAAGAACUCAAUCAACUAAAGCAAAGGCUGCGCACCUGUUUCCUGGAGCACCUGGAUGCCUCAGUUGCCGAUGUGGUUAAUGAGCUGCAGCGUUUGGUAGCUGAAAUUGGAGCACUUUCUAGUAUGGCUCGCACGCAGGACGAGUGGCCAGAGUUGGUCCUUUACUUGAGCGCCAAUGGAAAGGAUUUGGGAGUUUGCCGACUGAAUACCAAGCUCUUUGUGCACUUGCAAAAUCAGGACGCGACUUUGCAGCAGGACACUCUCUGCUGGAGAUUGAGGAGCUUUUCCUUUAAGGCUUCAAGUUGCACUCACACCUGUCCAAAUUGCGGCUGCACUACAGCCAUAAUUUCCGGUUGUCUAGCCAUUGUGGUGGAACGGGAGCGAAAGGAGUUUUAUUCGACUGUUAGUGAAAAUUGGAACUGUAUCGAACCGAUGGUUUGGCAGCCAAGUCCCAAGCAGACACAUUUUCUCUGCCACGUUUAUGUUCACCAGGCUAAAGUUCGUCCUGGAGGAGAAAAAAAGAGCAUUUCUGAUUCACAUCUGAGGAUUUUAUUUGCUGGUCAAGCCUGUGAAACGUAUACAUCUCCUGGAACACUUUCUCCCAUUUGGAAUGCUGUGAUCACCUUUAAUUUCUUGUCGCUCCCAGGAGGUGUUAAUAUGUAUCUGAAGAAUCCCCCAAUUCUUACCUUGGAGUUUUAUAAUACGGAAAAGAGUCUGUCAAACGAUCUGGUGGGAAUGGGCAGCUUGGCAGUGAGUGUUAUUAGCGAAGAUCGGGCCACCGAUUCCAGUUGGGAGGAUGUUGGCGGUUGGUCCAAGAAUCCCAUCCAAAAGUUGCAGAGGCUGAAGCACCUCACUCCGCCUCCUCUUAAAUGGGUGCCUGUGUCCAGAAAAGGAUCCGUUCAAGCUGAGGUUCUAAUGUCCGCAGAGCUCAUAGAACUUUCAAUGGGUCUUAGUAGCCAGGAUGUCAACAAGGAGCCACUUCUGGCCACGGGAAUUCCAGUGGCAAUAAGGCCAAACAUGCAGAAUUUUAUCUUGGAAGUUUUCUUUGUGGGUCUGCGGAAUUACUCCAAAAGCAGCAUGAGUUCCGCUGGCAAGCGAAAAAUCAAGGUGAUGAUGGGUGACUUGGUUUUGACCAGUGGUCCUUCAACAGCUCGCAUUAGAAACAGCAUUAACUUUCUGGUGGCCUAUGCAUCAGGUGUGGUGAGCCUGCCCGACCAGCAGGAUUAUUGGCCAGCAAUCAUAGCCACGGAUGUGCUGCUCUCCGGUUUCAGUAGUGAAUCCACUUUGGGAGCUGCUCUCAUUCCAAAUUCCUCAAAUUUCCUGCAGCGUGACAAAACCAUUAAGUGUGCCCAAAAAGAGCAGGCUUCCCAAGAAGCUUCCACCUCGGUGAGUGUGGAUGAGGAUAGUGAGGAGGAGGACGAACUGGAGUGGGAGGAGGAGGAGGAGGUCAAGCCCACCAGGAUCAACAGCUGGUGGACGCGAUUUAUGUUUGCUUUGGGCCUACGACCUGCUGCUUAUGCAAAUCGUAAGGCUCUGAGAUUUGAUGGGGAUCUGGAUGAUGGCGAACUUAUCGAGGAAAGGGAAUUUACCUGGUGGACAAAGUUCUACAACUCAAUGUUUUGGACUGCGGCGGAAAUUAGUCAUGAACACAAACACCGAUUGGUGAUCUAUCAUGAGGAAUUGGAGAAGCAGGCUCAAUUUGGUUACCUUCAGGAUUGGGCAGUGCCUGUGCAAUUGGUUCAUGGAGUGAAGUUCAGGAAGCAGGCUCCUCCAAAAGAGGAUGUCUAUGCCACUCUGAAGUUGCAACUCAAGUUGACGCCUUGCCAGUGCUCGGAGCUCGAGGAUCCUGGCGGAGGUGGCGAUAUGGUUCGUCCUUGGACAAAUCCGAUCCAUCCCCGAAGUCAAUCCACCCUUCAAGCUUUAAGCGAGAGCAUAAAACUAGUAGUUCGUGUCUAUAUAGUGCAGGGUGUUCAGAUGCGACCCCGCGAUGUAAAAGGCGACUCGGAUUGCUAUGUGAAACUAUUUCUGGGUGGUAAAACCGUAUCCGACAGAGCCCACUUUUCCCCCAAUCACAGCAAUCCGGUUUUCGGUCGCUUGUUUGAAUUGGAAGCCACGCUACCAGGAGAUCACAUGCUGCAGAUAAUGGUUUACGAUCACGAUAAGAUCAAGGAUGAGGUGAUUGGGCAGACGAACAUUGAUCUGGAGGAUCGGUGGAGAUCCAGACAUCGAGCUUCGGUGGGUUUGGCUAAUGAAUACACUCGAAGUGGCUAUAACCACUGGCACGACCUGAAGUUGCCCUCGGAAAUCCUUAUAGAUCUUUGCCAAAAGAGAGGUAUCCAGCCUCCUUAUUAUUAUGGCAAUGUUAUCGAGGUGGAUGGAAUGCUGUUUGGUGAUGAGACGGUUAUAUCGAAGGAUGAGGAACUGCAGGAGCGACUCAGUUUGGCUGUUCUUAAAAAUCUGGAAAAACUUCCCUCGUUUGGCUACAAAUUGGUUCCCGAGCAUGUGGAAACUCGCUCUCUGUGCCGAGAUGAUUUUCCCAACGUCGAACAGGGUAAACUCCAGCUGUGGAUCGAGUUGUUCGAGGCGAACAUUUAUGUGCCCAAUCCCAUUGACAUUACGCCUGUUCCGCCUGCGGAUUUCGAGGUGCGUGUUGUGGUCAAGAAUCUGAGUGGAAUCCAGAUGGGCGACAAAAACAUUUUCGGCAAACUAAUGAGCGACAUCUACGUGAUAGGAUGGUGCGAGGACGAGGACAAGCGCCAAACGACCGAUAUCCAUUACCGCUCAUUUGCCGGCGAUGCGGCAUUUAAUUGGCGCAUGGUCUUCGGCCUGAAGUAUUCCCCCAACGAGGACCUGAUGGUUAUACGCCGCAAAGCUGGUUUGCUGGAGGAGAUUGAGUUCAAGAAGCCCCCGAUUAUCUAUUUCCAGGUCUGGGACAAGGAUGUGCUGUCCAAGGAUGAAUACCUGGCUGCCCUCGAGCUGAACCUCUCCAAUAUGUACGCUCCCUAUCCGAACGCCCAUAUCUGUAAGCCCUAUCCCAAGAAGAGGAAGCGAAUUAACCUUUUCAAGCGCAAGGUCAUCAACGGCUGGUUUCCCCUGCAAAGCAACUUGCAUCCUUCGCAGCGUUCCCAGGCCAAAGUUAGCGAUGGAAAAAUGCAACUGAGUAUCGAGAUCUGCACGGAUGUGGAGGCCGCCAGUCGACCAGCAGGACGAGGACAGGACCCACCAAUGGCCUUGGAUCCACCUUACAGACCGGACACCUCCUUUAACCCACUGACGCAUCCCUGCAAGUCCUUGCGACUCAUCCUUUGGCCCGUCAUUCGGAAAUAUGUCCUGUGGACUGUACUCAUAUUAUGCGUAAUCCUGGGACUGGUGCUCUUCUUUUCUAAUCUCCCCAACAAACUGAUGACCAUUCCACUGGAGUGAAGGUUUAGUUCAUGUUUUGUUUAUUGGUUUUUAUUUUAUUGUUUGUUAAAUUGCGUUCCACUUUGCGUUCUUAAAGUUUUCCAAUAAAUUAACUUGUUGUUUA